GGAGGAGGAGGAGGAGGAGGAAGGCGCCGGCCCCCGCUGAGUGCCGCGGCCUUGGAAGCGGUUGGCGGAGAAAGGCGAGGCCCGACGGGGCUCAGCGCCCGGGAAAGGAGCCGAGCGGUUCUUCUGAGUGCAGAAGAGACACUUCAUCGGGUGCUCUGUUCUGCCAGCGGCCUUCCUUGAGUCUGCUCCCCCCUGACUGGUUCCUAAAAUCAUUGGCCACUCACCCAUUCCAGAAGAUCCCGAGGGCUUCUGUCCAUAGUGUGUUUCGUUGGAUUUAUUUGGCCUCAGAAAGAGGAUCCAUGUACACCCCAAGUGGCUCGGUGUUGCCCAGUGGGCGCAGGCGGAGAGGCCAGGAUGGGAGUGCCUUGCCAAAGCAGCCAGAGAGGAGCCUGGCGUCUGCAUUGCCUGGUGCCCUCUCAAUAACUGCCCUGUGUACUGCACUAGCAGAGCCUGCUUGGCUACGGAUUCAUGGGGGCACUUGUUCUCGCCAAGAGCUGGGAGUUGCUGAUGUGCUAGGAUAUGUAGACCCGGAAUUACUUAAAGACUAUUGCAUGAACCCCCAGACAGUGUUGUUGCUUCGGGUUAUUGCUGCCUUCUGCUUCUUGGGAAUCAUCUGCAGCCUUUCAGCUUUCCUGUUGGAUGUAUUUGGACCAAAACACCCUGCACUGAAGAUCACACGACGUUACGCAUUUGCCCACAUCCUCACAGUGCUGCAGUGUGCCACUGUGAUUGGGUUUUGUUAUUGGGCCUCGGAGCUCAUCCUUGCGCAGCAGCAGCAGCACAAAAAGUACCAUGGCUCACAGGUGUAUGUUACCUUUGCCGUUAGCUUUUACCUGGUGGCUGGAGCUGGCGGGGCCUCCAUCCUUGCCACAGCUGCCAACCUACUGCGCCAUUACCCAACUGAAGAGGAAGAGCAGGCAUUGGAGCUCCUCUCGGAGAUGGAAGAGAAUGAACCUUAUCCAGCAGAAUAUGAAGUGAUCAACCAGUUCCAGCCACCUCCAGCAUAUACACCAUAAUGCUACCACUGAACGACUGGGCUGUGGGAAAGAAGGCUUUCUUUUAGCCCAGCUGCAGAUCCUAACUGCACACAAUCACUUGGGACUGCAUUCCCUUGCCUGGAGCCACUCACUGGUGCUUUUCUUUCCCAGGUGGUUCACUCACUUUUAUGACCUCCCAGCCAGGAAGAGAACUCACUUUGGAGCUGCAAACUGAAGCUUUGCUCAUGCUGUGACUUCCAAAGCAGCCCUCUGGGUGAUUUUUCUUUCCCAGCCCCUUGCGUUUCAUACAGCAAGUGACUCAAAGAACUGACUGGUGUGACCCAGCUAUAGGUUUGUGCUUUUUUGUGACUCAGCAAACUUGACCCGGGCAGUCCAGCUACUUGCAGUCACUUGGGUGUCCUCCUGUACAGAGAGGCAAAGCACAGCUACUCCAGGAGAGGUCUUGCCUUGUAUGUGAAAGAGAUGGCAUGUGCAAGCUUGACUUAAGUGUUUGGGAAGACGGGGGGAGGGGUCCACAGUUUUGUUUUUUGCAUUGUGAUAAGAUCUUUCACACUAGUAUGCACACUUGUGGUAGUGAGUUCAGCAGUCCUGCACUGUUCAUCCACCCACACUCAGAGGCACUGCCUCUUUGGGGGGGAAUGUGACUCUCACUGAUAUUCACACCUGGGGGCAAAGAUGUUCUUCAUUCAGCACAUCAAAAGGUGGGAAUCCUUCUCUAUGCACUGGUUUGUGGGGAGGUGACACAUUUGCGUUGAUUCAUGUGCUCUCUGAAAGGCAUGGUAAGCUUGCUGCCACCAUUGCUUCUUCCUCUCCCACAUUCUGCCUCAUGCUACUUAAGAGAAACAUUUUUGCACUUUAUUUGCUGUUCUCACAGCCCCCAUUCCUCCAUAGGCAUUGGGAAGGGGGGGGGGGAGGACCAACAAAACUUGGCAGAGCCACCUCCAGGAUAUUGCCACUACUAAAUAUCUCCUGGAUGGACUGGGCUACCUUUAAAAGGGUUAUCAUUCCAGUUGGUGCUGGUGUGUGUGUGUUUGUGUUGGCACAUGUGUACACACCUGUGUGCACACUCAUGUCCCAGUUUUUAAGAAAUAGCAUUGGCACCUAUUCAUUUAUCACAAUACUAUAUGCAAAAUCUCAUCCUAGGCUUGAUUUUAAUUUUUUAAUCUAUUUUAAUUGAAACUUUAUUUACUUCUGGUUUUUAAGCUCUCUAGCCCAAAAGGCAAUUCUUCCAACUUAAGCCACUGUUUCACAGAGAGGCAGAGAUAUUCCUGAUAGUUGCAGGCAGUGAUGCAAGAUGGUGCAUGAUGCUCUGUGUAAUGACUGACUCCCCCUUUUUCUUAGUGUAUUGUAGUGCUUUGAACUAAAAUUGCUUUGAAUAAGCCAGGAACUUUACCUACUCACUGCAGCUCAUUUUGAUGACUAGGUGGGAUGUUAUGUUGAACUGAAAAGAUGGGGGGAUGAAAGAGAUGCCUGUUUCAGUUUAAAAUAAAAAUAAGGGGAUGGCACUUUGGAGAACUAAAAGCAAGACCUGCUUUAACAUAUGAAGGCAGAGAUUAAGCAGUGAAACUUCCAUGAAACAGGUUUCCAUUCAGGAUAUGCUGAAGCUAUAUCCUGAGGGCACUCCAGUCUUUGAGAGGUCUAUCUGAUUUCAGUCUACUAGCUUCUCUCUGUCCAGAACUGGUUCAUGCAGAAGUAUUGUGCAGUGUAGCUGAGAUUUUCCUGCUACAGGUAUGAAAUGUUACACAUCACUCUAGUGAGGAGUGACUCCUUUGUGUUAUCCUAAUUGCUUGAAAACUGGGGCUUUAAUUGAAUUCUGAUAAGGUGCUUCCGUGUCCUUCAAAAGAUAGAGAAACGGGACUAAAUUGUAGAAUUUGAAAGAAGUCUGUCUGUAAAAGCAGUUUGUAGGAGAUUAGACAAAGAGUGGUUUUCAUUCAGCUCCAGUCCAGUGAAUGACGAAUGUGCCACUGGUGCAUUCUCAUUUUGUGUUCUCUUCUUACUCACUGUCUUUACCAGAGGAGGGCCUUCCACAUGUCAACAGAGCUCACUCCGUAGCUCCUUUUGUAUGUGGUGUGAGCAGAGACUGUCUCUUCCCCCUGUCUCCUCCCCCUCCCCACUGCUGCAUAUGAGAAAAGAGUUUGGCUGUAAAUAGUAUGCAUAAUUUUACUAUCUCCACCUAAUCUCUAAUCUUUGGUUAUCGAAGAGAUCAAUGUUUGGUCUUGGGAAUAUUUUGCUGGUCACUCUUGCAGUCUUCUCUUUUUCUGGCCCUGAGAAGCAACACUGGCAGCACCUCCAUGUGCCAAAGGGAGUUUGACUUAUCUCCAGUGUGGAGGUGGCUCCAUUCAGCUUGUUUCCACAGAGGGGACUUGACCAAAACUGGUUUCCAUGUGUACUUGGUUACUGUGAUCAUUUUUAGACCUUGAACAACAUUCAUGAAGCACUGUUGAUUAAAUCCAUCUGUAAAAUCCUGAAUACCCUUUUCUACCAAAAAUAAAAUAAGGAUGUAAAUAGUC